GGUUGAGCGAGUUGGCGUUGCCCACCGGGUGGAAAAAUUGGCGAUAAAAGCAGGAUGUUUCUGCGUUGGUGACGAAAGGGCGAAUGCGCCCCUUUGGGAAAUGGUUGCAGAUGCUCGGCCUUGGGGUGUGCAAAACAAAUCAACAUGCAGAUGGUCACCUGGCGAGCCUGAACUGGUCCAUCAGCUUCAUGAAUGUGCAAUUAGCGGGCCGCUGAGUCAGCAGUCGGGCGCUUUGCCAGCCAUCCAGACUGGUUGAGGCGGAUCGAUCGGGUUGGCGCUGCUGCCGCCGUCGGCGUCGCCGACUCGCAUUUGUUGUGCGCCGCCCGAAGCCGUCGCGACGCCUCAUUCCAGGCGUCCCUUGUUUGUUUGAUCCGGACAACGGCUGGAUGUGGCGCUCAUAAUGCUCUAUCUGCCGCUCAUUCUUGGAGCGUCGCUGGUCGCUUUCGGCUACUCGCAGGACCUGGAGCUGCAGACCUCAGUGGCGGCCGAGUAUCGACAUGGCGUCCUCAGACACACCACUGAGCCGCCGCUGGCGGCCGCCCCCUCCGCGGAGCCCCCACCGGAGCGCUCCACCGUCAAUAUCAUCGCCCACGCUCUGGCGUUCCUGAUUACCCAAAGGGAGAGCGACUGGGGCUGGCGCAACGACACGCCCAAGGUGCUCACCGCCCUCAGGAUGCUGCAGGGGAGGCCCACCACCAACCUGGAGUUGGAACUCUCCAGCAAACAGAUGGAGAUCGAGCUGGUGAUCCUGCUGUGGCGCCACCACGAGCUCCCCAUCGCGGCUGCGCAACUGGCUGAGUACUGCCUGGCGUUGAGCGCCCUCUGUUACGACCCGCGCCAGUUCCACGGCCACGAUCUGAUUGGCACGCUGCAGCACCACGAGGCCCCCCACGAUCUAGAUUUCGCGUAUGCGACGUUGGCAGCGUGCACGGCGCGGGCGCACGUGCGCAAGAAGCAAAUCCGCCGCCUGCUGGACAUCGCCAACACCGCCAAGGACCACAAUAUCGAUACAGUCGCGAUGACUAUUUUGGCCUUAAGGUGCAUUGUGAUGGACCAUCGGCACCGGAACCUGCAGCACUCGCUGCGCCGGCCCAGUAUCAGUCUGGCGCGGCAACAGCAGCCGGACGGCGGCUUCGGCAACCUCUACAACACCGCGCUGGUGAUGCAGGCUUUGGACGACCUGACCGAGCUGAAGGCCUACUGGAACCCGACGGCGGCGCGCGCCUACUUGGAGACGCGUCAGGACCCAGAUGGCGCCUUCACCGACGCCGGACUCACCUCCGACGUGCUGCUGGCGUUGGGCAAGCGCGGCCUUGGAACGGUGCGGCUGAUGGAGUGCGGACGACACGACUCUGAUGACGAAAGCAACGUGGAGAUUGAGGGAUUGACAAAGUCGCUGUCGGCGCAUGGCAACGACAGCGAGAUCCGCAACGUGUCGAUCACCUACACGCUGUGGGUGGGGUCGAAUGUGACGGAAAACUGCACGGUGGCGAUCACGGCGCCGCGCAACACGUCCUUCUACGCAGUCAUGCAGACGGCCAUGGAGCAGGAUGCGCGCUUCGCCUUCGAGGCGUCCGAGUGGCCCAACGGGCACUACGUGCACACGCUGGCCGGCUACAAGGAGGAGCCGAUGGGCUACAACUAUUGGCUGCUUUACCGGCUGCCCGAGCUGCCCGACCCAUCGGCGCCGCCCGCCAAUCAGCUCGUCGCCCCCGUCGGCGUGGACGAUUUGCUGAUCGAGGAGGGCGACCACUAUCUCUUCUGGUACAAGAAGCUCUAGACAGAUGGCGCCGCCUUUCGCUGAACAUUCCAGGCUCAAAGUGGCUUUUUGCUGGUAGCUGGCAGCAGCUGUGGCUUGCUUUUGGAUUUUCGCCUUAUUACCACUAUUGUUUGAACACAUUUUGUCACAGAACUGUAGGAUUGUGGGGCUUGAAUUAAAACAGUUUAGUUAAAAAACC